AUGGGUUGUGGCAAUUCCUCAGUUACCGGCGGCACAGGAGGGGGGCCAGCAGAAGCCUCCAAAGAAGAGACAGAAGAUCCUCCGGUAGACGAUGAGAAAAGAAGGAACUAUGGUGGUGUGUACGUGGGUAUACCCUCAGACAUGACCACUGUGGCUACUAGUCAGUCCAAGUCCACACAUUCAGACUAG